CUUCUAGUUCUGGCGUCUGCAUUUGGUAUCUCCUGCAAAAUUGGAGCAACUGGUAGGGCCCGCUACUUAUCAAGAAAUGCCACGUGGAAGCUCCCAAUUACUCCGGCGCAUCGCGCUCGCGGCGUAUUUUGACCCACAGCCCACAGGCCAGUUCCCUUCUCCCCAGUCCACCACCCUUUGCGGCGGCGGAGCUUACUAGUCUCCUCCACGACCAACUCAAACAGCAAACUAAAGUGCUUACUAUUCUUUUUACCUUAAAAACCAGAAAAAAUGUCCAUAAUCACUCUUUCCCCAACUCCAACCCCGCGUCUUCCUCGCAUAAGUUCCCAUGCACCCUGCCGUAGUCAAUCAUUUCCCAUGACCACCCUCCUCAGACCAAAACCCCAACCCCUCCUUUUCCACCUUUUCCGCCGCCAACUCUCCGUUUCCGCCGCCGCCGCCGUCCGGCAAGACACUACCGCUUGGACCUCUGCGCCUCUUCUCACCGUCUCCCCCGCCGCCGAUUUGCUCUUCCACGUCACUGUCGACGUCUCCGAUUCUCCUGACCUCGCCGCUUCUUAUACCAAGGCUGGCCAGUAUCUCCAGCUUAAAGUCCCCGUCUCCGAGAAACCGUCUUUUCUCGCCAUUGCUUCGCCACCGUCCUUGGCCGCUGCUAAAGGUGUUUUUGAAUUCCUAGUUAAAAGCGUCGCCGGCUCUACCGCUGAGCUCCUAUGUGGACUCCAAAAAGGUGAUGUGGUGGAGUUGACUCCGGCCAUGGGGAAAGGUUUCGAAAUUGAUCAAAUUUCUCCGCCACAGGAUUACCAGACGGUGCUUAUUUUCGCUACUGGAUCUGGAAUCAGGUAAUAUUAGAGAUUCUCU